AUGAUGGCGAGAAGACUUCUCCUGAUGGCGAAGAAUACGACAGGACCACUACUGCUGCACGAGCAACCACAUCCAGCGACUAUCCUGAACGAGCGCAUAACCUCGCCUACUCCCGAACAAUUUGUGACUAGUACGCCUGAACUGGAGACGACGGAUGAUGGCGAGAAGACUUCUCCUGAUGGCGAAGAAUACGACAGGACCACUACUGCUGCACGAGCAACCGCAUCCAGCGACUAUCCUGAAGAGCGCAUAACCUGGCCUACUCCCGAACAAUUUGUGACUAGUACGCCUGAACUGGAGACGACGGAUGAUGGCGAGAAGACUUCUCCUGAUGGCGAAGAAUACGACAGGACCACUACUGCUGCACGAGCAACCGCAUCCAGCGACUAUCCUGAAGAGCGCAUAACCUCGCCUACUCCCGAACAAUUUGUGACUAGUACGCCUGAACUGGAGACGACGGAUGAUGGCGAGAAGACUUCUCCUGAUGGCGAAGAAUACGACAGGACCACUACUGCUGCACGAGCAACCGCAUCCAGCGACUAUCCUGAAGAGCGCAUAACCUGGCCUACUCCCGAACAAUUUGUGACUAGUACGCCUGAACUGGAGACGACGGAUGAUGGCGAGAAGACUUCUCCUGAUGGCGAAGAAUACGACAGGACCACUACUGCUGCACGAGCAACCGCAUCCAGCGACUAUCCUGAAGAGCGCAUAACCUGGCCUACUCCCGAACAAUUUGUGACUAGUACGCCUGAACUGGAGACGACGGAUGAUGGCGAGAAGACUUCUCCUGAUGGCGAAGAAUACGACAGGACCACUACUGCUGCACGAGCAACCACAUCCAGCGACUAUCCUGAACGAGCGCAUAACCUCGCCUACUCCCGAACAAUUUGUGACUAG